CCAGCAGCUCUCAGAGCCAUGGAGGCGGACGCGAUCCAUGGGCCCACCACGUCUUCCUCCUCCGACGGCGACUCCGGCGCCGGCUCGUGCGUCAUCAACGGCGCGCAGGAGCUGCCGUCCACGAACGGCAGGCAACACAAGCACGUGAAGCGGAAGAGGGCCACGUCCCCGCCUGCUGCUCCCGGUGGCCGCCGCGCGCCGGAAGCUGCCGUGGACGAGGAAGGCAGCGGCGGCGGCGCUGGCAGGCGCAAGAGGGGGAGCGCCGGCACCAGGCACCCGACGUUCCGCGGCGUGCGCAUGCGGGUCUGGGGGAAGUGGGUGUCCGAGAUCCGGGAGCCCCGGAAGAAGUCGCGCAUCUGGCUCGGCACGUUCCCCACCGCGGAGAUGGCGGCGCGCGCCCACGACGUGGCCGCGCUCGCCAUCAAGGGCCGCGCCGCGCACCUUAACUUCCCGCACCUCGCGCACGAGCUCCCGCGGCCGGCGUCCACGGCCCCCGCUGACAUCCAGGCCGCGGCCGCCAUGGCAGCCGCCGCCGCGGACGUAGAGCAAUGCGUCUCCUCCCAUGCCGACGAGACGUCAUCGUCGUCAGCUGCCAGUUCGGAGAAGGUGGCCACGGCCGCCAAGGCAGCAGCAGCAGCAAUCACCGCUGACGUGGAGCAAUGCGAGUCCUCCCCUGCCGCCGAGACGUCGUCGUCAUCGGCUGCCAGUUCGGUGGAGGCCGCGGCCGGCCACACCGAGGAGAACGUGCUGUUCGACCUGCCCGACCUUCUGCUGGACCUGAGCGACGGCCUCUGGUCGCCCAUCUGGGCGGCGGCUCCCGCGGCGGCGGAGGAGUACGACGGCGACAGCCUGCACGAGCCGCUUCUGUGGGCCGACGACGACGAUCAGUGCUGGAUGGACGCCGCCGCGCCGGUGCAGCCGGACUAGCCCGUUCCGUCCGGCGUCCGGUGGCACCGGCGGUGGUUGGCUGCAACAGACGACCGACACCACGUGGUUUUGCUUCGCGUGCACUGUGCACAGAGAAAAAAAGGUAACAAUAGCAUGGCCGGGCCACGCUCGAGGUGGAGGCGCACGGCCGUGGGCGCUUGUGGGGUCGCUGUGAUCUCCGGAUGGCGAGUCAUGGUAGGGUGCGGUGAAACAGUGGUUUGCCAUGUAAAUGAUUGGCGAAAGAAGAAUAAUUUGGGAGUGUUGAUAUGUGUCA